AUGGCGGAUGAAGAUGCUGGCAUCAGAUUGCCUGCCACAGCUCCGGCUUACUACUUUUCAGAGUUGGCAGAAAUGCUCCCAACUGCUGUUGCAUAUGCACACGACGGGGAGUUCUAUUGGAGCCUUGGUCACUUACAUGACAACCUAUGUGGGCUACUUCCAGACGAACUUCAGUUGGAACCCUUCCCGAAAUUCUGUCAGAUUAUUGGGAAGAAGCUGAAUGACAGUGAAGUUGUCAGACAUCUUGGAGUUUCCAUGUACAUGAAACCUGGCAUUGACAGGAUAGACGAUAGAUCUGCAAUCGCUGUUACCUUCUUGAAGAAGAUUGCAUUGAACAGUCUUCAAGUGCUGCAUCAAGGUGGUGGACACUGCUACAUGGAGGAUGGUUCCCGGCUGACAUUCGAUGCGUCUGGUGUAUGCAAUGUCUAUGAGUGCCUCCAAUGUCAUAAGUCCAUGAAGGAUGCAAUGGAUUUGGCCUGGGGUGACAUGAAGGUGUGGAGCCAGGCAUUGUGGGCUGUGAUCAAGUUUUUGGCAGACCAACAACAAGAUGCUGAUCCGAUCAUGGAUCAAGAAGGUGGUGAUGAAAAUGAACAAGGUCCCAAGCCGAGGAAGGGCAGAACCCAGAUAGAUCUGAACUUUAUCUGGAAGCUUUACAAUGAUUCAGUGGAGAUCAAUGGGCUAAGCCUGUCCAUGCUGGUGAGAUCGAGACAAAAUGAUGCAGAGGGUGGUGCUUGCCAAAAUACAUCAAGCCAUUGGCUGAAGAAGAUCAUGCGAAUGCACAGCCGACGUGCCACUCUGGGCUUCAAAGAUGUCCGGCACCUGAACAUGGUCUGUGAUGCUAGCAGGCAUGGUGUCUAUGAGUGCUUGGUGAGUGUUGCCUACAGCCGACACAACGACAUUGGCUGCUAUCCACCAACACAAUCGUUGAGGUCCUCGAAAUUUGUCUCCCCAGGGGAAAUCGAGUGUGACUCGACUGUGGAACGUCUUUUGGCAGAAGGGAGCCGUUUGCGUAUGGCAGCAUACCGGAUGUUCCAAGCACUGUCGCACCAGAUCCAGUUGCUCACCGACCACACACUCACUUUGACCAGCUUUCUGGCCCCCGAGGAAAUGAAAGCUGCCCUUGAACCAGUGCCGCUUGAUGCGACCCGAGUUGUUACUGGACAUUUUGUGAGAAAUGUGAAAAAAAAUGGUGAAGAAGAGUCUGCUGUAAGUCUGCUGUCUCUGGCAAAGUUGCCCAUGCUUGUGAUUGGGAUGGACCAGGGCACCGUCGGAAUGGCAUGCGCAGCAUUCUUGAUGGAGACUGGAGCUGCAAUGACUCACUUCUAUUGGGACCCAUACCAUAGACUGGUGAGAGACCUCAAGUUGGCAACUACAAAUUGCCCUCCUGAUGUCAAGCUUCAACUUCAACAAGGGCAGUUGUGUGGAAGUUACAUGUUCAGCAUCAACUACAAGCCCUUCAAAACAGCUGGCUUUCACGAUGAGAAAAAAAGCCUUCUGAACACGUUCAUGGAAACGGAAACCCAGGAAUCCGACUUGUUCCUGCGGUAUGCUGAACUGAUUGCCAUGGACUUUGACUUCACGUUUCGCACCAAUGACGAUAUGGAAGUUCUUUUCAGUUCAUUGGCAACUCAGCUGGAUUCCUACCGAAUCAAGAAGGGCGUUGUGAAAACAGGACGCUGGUUCAGCUGGCACAAUGGAUGCGAAAGCCAGUAUCAUGAGUUUUGGUCGACCAGAAUGCUCCUGGAGUUUGGGUUUCCCAAUGAGACUGACCCUGAUCAGAACCAAAAGAGUUUCAAGGAGAUGAGAUCAGGUGGCGAUUCCGUUGGGGGGCUGCGGCUAGUUCUCCAGUGCUGCAGCUGGAAAACGUGGUAUGGCAUCACUGCCAUCAAGCUGGCUGACCAACCACUUUGGACGUUCUACACUGAAUCAGUCAAGACAGUCAAAGAUGCUUCACAAGGUUUUCAAAGAAACUUGCUUUGGUCUGGGAAUGGCUGGAUGCAGGCCGAGCAAUUCAGUCAGCUGGUUCGUGUCCUUGUCCAAGAAGCAGAGUUCGAAAAAGUCAGAGCAUAUGCUGCCUUGUCUGUUCGAUUUCUGGGUGAGGAAGCAGCUGACCAGCAUCUCGCUGGAUUUGUGUCGUGCUUAUGGGCAUACAUCAUGCAGAUUUUGAACUUCCGAGGAAGAACUAUGUCGAAGCAUGCUUCAGGUCCUGAGGCCUAUGCACCGGCCAUUGGUGAUGAUCCUGAAUGUGCUCAAGAAUCCAUGGACUUCAUGAUUGCCGAUUGGCGUGCGUUGAGGCUGCUGGAAGCUUCGCCUGGCCAAGCGCCCCAAGAGCUUGCAGCCGACAUGCGUGAUAGCAUUUCAAAACCUCUGAGAUUGGCCUUUCAGCUGAUGGAGUGUGGCCGAAAAGAAGAGUCUUUGUCAGUCUUGAAGAGUCUGUUGUACAGAUUGCCAGAUACGAAGGUGGUGGAAGAUGUUCAUCAACGUCUUCGGACUGAAGCCAUGGCCAAUCCCAACAGCAGACUUCUCCCAAGGGAAUUGCAAGGGCUUGUGCAGACUUCGGGACAACUCGAAGCCCGACAAAUCCCACAUCCAGCCAGAUUAGACAAAGAGUCUUCUUGA